AUGUCUACUGGAGGAUCUAAAUCCAUAUGUCCUCUCAUGACAGAGGGCGUACUCGAAUCCAAUCGAGUUCGGGCCAUUGCCGUCGAGAUAGUCCUUGGGGAACCGGACAUGAAAGUCCGUCGCAGGCUGUGGGGCAAACUGGAGAGUUUCGGACCUGGGGUGAUUGGCCGGUUAUUGCCUGAUUGGGAUAUUUUGUUAUGCAAAGCCGAGUCAGGACCAUAUAAGCAGGCUACGGGGGGACAAACAUGUAUAUCUGAUUGCCUCUGGCAGUGUCAUUGGUCUCGGCUGAACGGUAUUUGGGGGGAUUUACGGACUUCGGACUCGGUUUUAAAAAAAUACCUUGUUCUUAGUACUAAUAACGACGAAAUGCCCUCCAUCAAGAACUCCACAAUUGUCAUCUUUGGCGGUAGCUCCGGCAUCGGCUACGGUGUCGCCGACAAAUGUCUCUCUGAAGGCGCCGUCGUGCACAUCUCCUCCUCCAACCCCACCCGCAUCACUCAGGCCGUCUCUUCUCUGAAGGAGAAGUAUCCUGAGGGGCAAGUAACCGGCCACACUUGCGACCUCUCCCUUCCGGACGUGGAGCAAGGCCUCGUCAAGCUAUUCGAGGAAAUCGGCUCCUGUGACCACAUCGUCUACACCGCUGGGGACGCGCUAGCCGUCAGACCGCUUAAGGACCUCGAUCUGCAGUUCAUCCAGAAGGCAGGACACAUCCGCUUCGAUGUCCCGCUGCUCGUUGCGAAACUUGCCCUGCGGGUCCUGAAGCCAGGGUAUACCUCAUCGCUGAUCCUGACCGGUGGCGCGGUAGGGGAUCGGCCGCAGCCGGAUUGGGCUGUUGUUGCGGGGUAUGCGGCUGGGUUGUACGGGAUGGUGCGCGGUCUAGCUUUGGAUAUGAAGCCUCUGCGGGUGAAUUUCGUUAGUCCUGGUCCGGUGAAGACGGGACUGUUUACGGAUGAGUUGGCGGAGAUGUUCGCGAAGAGGACCACGCUGGGGAAGGUGGGGAGUGUAGAGGAGGCGGCGGAGGCGUAUGUUUAUCUGAUGAAGGAUACGAAUGCAACGGGGAGCUGUGUGAGCACGAAUGCGGGAUCUUUGUUAGUCUGA